AUCGCGUGCGAAGAGUCCGGCGUGUCAUUCUGUGGAAUCCGCCACCUGAAACACACACACACACAUAAACUCUCUCUCUCUUUCACACACACACACACACACACACACGAGUCUCUGCUGCAGCUCAUUCUGCGCUCGAUCAUCACACAGCAGAGCAUCUGUUGGUGAAGAUGAUUCCUCCUGGAGACUGUCUGUACGCGGGGAGGAAGAGGAGGAAACCCGUCCAGAAACACAGAAAACCAGCAGCAGUGACGGAGAAGUCGAACCCGUCGAAGCGGCACCGUGACCGUCUGAACGCUGAGCUGGAGCGACUCGCCGGACUGCUGCCCUUCUCCCCUGAGAUCAUCUCCAAACUGGACAAACUGUCCGUCCUGCGUCUGAGCGUCAGCUACCUGCGGGUCAAGAGCUUCUUCAGCACUGCUCACGAGAAACACAUGAACGGGAAAGAGAGCGACACGACGGCCAGCAGUGCCCCUGAGAGUCAUCUGCUGCUAGAGUCUUUAGCAGGUUUUGCGCUGGUGGUCAGCAGUGAUGGGAUGGUCUUCUACGCCUCCUCCACCAUAGUGGACUACCUGGGCUUCCACCAGACGGAUGUGAUGCAUCAGAACGUGUUUGAUUAUAUUCACGUGGAUGACAGACAGCAGUUCAGACAGCAGCUGCACUGGGCCAUGAACCCUUCACCUGACGGAUCGGGUGAAGGUUUCGUGUUCAGCAGUUUGUUUCAGUCUGAGUCGGGUGACGUUCCUCCGGAGUUCUCCUGCUUCCUGAACCGCUGCUUCAUCCUGCGCGUGCGCUGCUUACUGGACAGCAGCUCUGGAUUCCUGACGAUGCAGUUUCAGGGAAGACUGAAGCUCCUUCACGGUCAGAGGAAGAAGACGUCGUCCGGAGCGCUUCUGCCUCCUCAGCUGGCUCUGUUCUGCGUCGCUGUUCCUCUGCUCCUGCCCUCCAUCACCGAGAUGAAGAUGAAGAGCGGCGUGAUGAAGGGCAAACACAGGAACCCCGGCGUCCUCACCUCGUUAGAUCACAAUGACAGAGACGAUCCUCUCAGCCGUCCACACAUGAGCCAAGACAGCGUCAGGUACAAGAGCGAAGGUCACUACGGUCCAGACGAGUCUGUGAUCUUCUGCAGGUCGAGUGGUCAGGGCCUGGACUGCGGCGGGUGGCCCGUGAGAAGCUCCUCGGUCCGGACGGUCGACCUGCUGCCCGGCGCUCGGCUCUGCAGACACACGCAUCGAUCAGACUCUGGAUAUUACAGUCACAGAGCUGAGGCGUACGACGACUACAGCAUCAAGAGCGAGAACUUCUGCUACGAAGCUCCCGGCGAGGGAUACGACACACACGUGAUGCUGGAGCCGCCCAUAAAGAUGGAGCAAGACUCGGACUCGGAGAACGGCUGCGGACGGCCCUGGACGGAUGGGGAGCGUUACCUGAGCGGCUGUGACAGUGUGCAGAUGAAAGCGGAGGGUGGAUACGGAGAGCAGUAUUCCUGCCAGAGGAUGAAGGGAACCACGUACAGCAGUCACUAUCCCUCGAACACUUACAGCGGGACGCGAGCGCUCAAGAGCGUCCUGAACAGAGAAGCACUGACCUCACAGUGUGUGGACGCCUACGCUGCUGAUUACAAAGAGUAUGUACAGCACGACUACAAAACGGGCUAUGAGUUCAAAGGUCACGGGCUGCUUCACUGCAUCAAACAGGAGCCGACUGACGCUCCGCUGUGGCUCGACGUCUCCAGCAGCGGCUCGAGGAUCAACAUGAGCAGCACACACCGGAGCAACCCCUGCGUCUUCAUGCAGUAGAGCUCCACCUUCAGUCUCAGUCUGGACACUCAUGUGCUGCCUUUCAACACACAGUCACCGUGUUACACACACACACACACACACACACACACACACACACACACACACACACACACACACACCCACACACACACACACACACACACACACCCACACACACACACACACACACACUCACACACACACACACACACACACACACACACCCACACCCACACAGACACACACUCACACACACACCCACACACACACACACACACACACACUCACACACACACACACACCCACACAGACACACACACACACACACACUCACAUCCUUAAAUCCAGACACAUUUACUGGAAAUGUAAAAUCACCUAAAUAUAAAGUCUUGAUUUCUGAACUAGGGUUCAAACUUGAGCUUACAAAAACAAAUAGCAAUUUUUCCUUUGAACCUUUUUUUUUGUCACUCGUUUAGACGAUCUUUUUGGAAAACAAGACUAAUCAUCUUAAGCCAUGUUUGCUUGUAUCUUGUUCUGGAAAACAAGACACACAUCCUAAGAAUCACUGAUAGUGAAGUGUUUCUGUCAGGUUCAGCGUCUGAGCGUCUGGUUAGAUUUAGUUUGGGCUAUCAUUAUUUUCUUCUAUGUGCACUGUUGUAUAGUGAAGCUAGUAUUUCUUUCACAGUUUGUCUGUUUGUUGAAAAUGCAUAAGUAAAAAUGACCAACAGAAAAAUGAGAACAGAAAAACACAAUAAUCUGAAAUGACCCUGAGUGUGUUCACAAUAAUCUUGAGUCUAUCAAUCUUGAUUAUUGGUUUACUUUUAACAGUUGUUUUAUUAAAGUAUUUCAUCUGCAUCUUUAUUAAGUAUUUAAUGUUUAGAAAUGGAAGAUUUGAUCAGAAGUUUGUGUUCUUUGUCUUCUGAUAUCUCUCUCAUUAAACACUCAAGAGAACUAACAUGCUGAAGCAGACCAGUAAUAAAACAGUAAUAAAUUGUCAAACAUUUAGGCUCUUAAACAUUGUGAUGUUAAAUUCUCUUUGGAAUUGAUAAAAAUGCCAAACAUUUCAUGUGUUUAAUAGAGCAUGCUCUGAAGUUUAGUGCUCGUAAUUAUGACUUCAUAUAAAACUACUGUUCAAAUGUAUUAAUAAUAAUAAUGCUGCACUUGCACUACUAGGGCUAGUAAACUGGAAGAAAACGCAUAGCUUCCUGUUAGAUGAGCUGUUUCUGGAAGGUUCAUUUGUAUCAAUAAUUUGUAUUUAUUGUUUAAUGGCCUUUUGCACUUUUUCCGGAAGGAUUUUAACAUGACGUUUUGCCUCUGGCAUUCAAUAUGGGCAAUAAAUAUUAACAGAAGAUGCAGUAAUGUUUUACACAAGUUUGUAGCUGCAAAGCAGUCUUCCUGUUAUAUUUAUUACAUUUAUAAAAAUAAAAAUCUUUUAUUACAAAAAGUC